AGAAUCAAGAUCUGUAUGUCUUUCUUCGCGGACGUUCCCAAGGCUCCUCCUGAUCCUCUGCUGUCCAUCACCGGGAGAUUCAAGGCCGAUUCACGCCCCAACAAGUUCGACCUGGGCAUUGGAGUCCUUAGAAGGACCGACAACACCUCCCAUGAGUUCGAGACGGUCAAGGUAGCCGCCAAGUCCGUGGCCCCAAGCUGCUUCUACCCGCAUCCAGGAGGCGACGACAAGUUUGUCUCCCUCAUGGCCGAAGUGAUCUUCGGCUCCUCCCUCCCCCCCCGCCUCCUGGUAUCCCAGGGGAUCACAACGAUGAUGCUUCCCGACCCUUCCUGGGCGAACCACAAGCCGCUGCUGGGAGGAGGAGGGCUGAAGAUCACGGAGUACCGCUACUUCAAGCAAGAUACGCACACUGGGCUCGCACGUGGUUUGAACGAGGACAUCCAGAUCGUUCGAAAGUUCCUUGACGCCGGUCUGGAGUUUGCUGUUUGCAGCUCAUGCUCGAAGAACUUCGGGCUCUAUGGCGAACGUGUCGGCAGCUUUUUGUUGCUUGUCCCGCCAUUGUUCGGAGCAAAGAUCGUCAGCACCAUCCUCUCAGAUCCCGAGCUGCGCAAGAAAUGGGAGCAGGAGCUGGCCGAGACGCGCACAACCCUCAACAGGGCUCAUGCUGCGUUCGCUCAGGCGCUAUCUAAGGGAGGUCUAGAUUCAAAGUUCAGUGCUCCGAGAUUCGGUCUCUUCACCCAACUCUACCUCAACGAGCAGCAGGUGCUUUCACUGGAGAAGGAUCACGCGUGCUAUGUGGCUCCCGGAGGACGAGUCAACGUCUCGUCCCUAGACGAGCAGGCCGCGGCAAGUGUAGCAAACGCUGUGGUUCAAGUGUUGAAGAGCACCUGAUAGGAGGGGAGGAGAUUUCUGAUGAUUUUUUUUGUGUGUGUUUUUGUUUGAGAAGCCCAGGAUGUCGAUAGCGACAUGUUUGUGAAUAAACUUCGUCUUGCUC